UCGCUAGGUAAUGAUGAAAUGUGCGUAAAUGAAGCGCGACAAACACACCAUCAUUGUGUAAGUGUCCGAGCAGAGUAGAGACAUACUCUUCAGCUGCAGAUAUGAUGUCUAUCUUGCGGCUCUGUGCUCCAGCCAGCAGACCUGUGUCUGUCUUCACAGGCUGUUCCCGGGCAGUCAGCGGAGCGGUAAAGGACAAGCAGCCGCUGAAGAAAGCUAAAACCCCGCAGGGUCACUUUGACAGCCCCGAGGAGGAGAGCAAAGCUGUUCUGCAAAAGUUCCCUGAUGAUGUGAACCCUGUAACCAAGGAGAAGGGGGGCCCACGGGGUCCGGAGCCCACCCGCUACGGAGACUGGGAGAGAAAGGGCCGCUGUGUGGACUUCUAGUUCAACACUCAUACGUCUGAUAUUAUAUCACAUCUGUAUAGUCAGUGGCACUUUUUUCAAAGUGUUGACUGAUUUGAGUUUCAGGUCAGAAGGUGAGAAUAUUGAAGGAGAUAAACUAACUGUGUGAGUACUUCCAGGGAACAACUUUGAGUAGACAUUAUGUGUUAAAGGUGUGCAUUCUGUUCAAAACAAACACAAAGUGAGUUGAAUAUGUGUUGCUGCAGGUGAGAGUGAGGCUGGUCCUGUAAUAUGCCUGUGUUCUGUCUUCUAGUAUCAAUUCUACAAGUCCUGUAUGUCUAUUACAGCUACACCUGGAAAUCUGACUGUGUGGGCUAAUUAUGUAUAAAUUAAAACAAUAAGUUAUGAAACAUG